AUGGGCUCGGAGCAAUGCCCCGGAGCCAUGCACCUUCGGCAUGGCAUGACGGCCGCCCACUCGUCAAGCGAGGAGGGGGAGGACAUCCGGGCAGCGCUACGGGGCGAAGUUCGAGAGCAAGUGGCGGCGGCGAGAGCCGACUUGUGGAAGGACAUCGUCGAGGAGGUGAGGAAGCAGGUGUGCGAGGUCGUGCAGAAGCUGGUGGAGGCCAGCGAGCACACGACGGAGCCGGGCUCUCGCGCGCGGGCCCCCGAGGGCUCCCCGCGCGAGGCCCAGGAGCGCCCGCUGCCGCCGAAGGAAGUGGCGCCGGUGGAGGCAGCCGCGAGGGCCGAGGAGGGCUCCCCGCGCGAGCCGAAGACCCGGGCCCCUCCUGCCCCGACUUCGCCGACGGAGGGCCACGCAGCCCCAGGAGCGAAGCUGCGGGCGGAGCCACGUGCGCGGGCCCCGAGGGGCUCCCCGCGCGCGCCGGCGGAGGCGGCGAGGCAGGCCCCGCCUCCGGAGGCAAGCAGGCGGUCGGUCCGGGACUCCGAGCGGAGACAGCGCUCGUCGGAGGAGUCCGGGUCGGACAGCGACUCGACGGAGGCGGCGAGCGCGACGACGCCCCCGCGCAAGAGGGGGCAGGCGCCGGCCAAGCCGUCGAGGAGGGUGCGGGACAAGCGCCCGAGGUGCCAGGAGGCCCCUCGGCGACGGGACCCACGGAGGUCGCCGACGGCCGAGGAGAGCCCCGAGGCAAGCAACAGCGAGGAGAUGCCGUCCUCGGACGAGGCCAGCGCGAGCGAAGGGGAGAAGGAGCCGUCGCCAGAGGGCUGCGCGUGUGGUGGCGUGGGACCUGGCGGACGCUCCCCCAGGCUGACGCUCAAGCCAGCCCCGAAGGAGAGGGCGACUUCGCCGCCGGGAUCGCCAGAGAGGACGACGAAGGCAGCGGCGAGGCGUCGCACGGGCCAGCCGAGGCCGAGCAAGGCCAAGCGGGACAAGGCGAAGGAGGCCAAGCAAGCGGAGGCCCCGCCCCCGCCCUGGAAGACGGCUGCGCCAGCGACCAGGAAGAGAGACGCCGGGUGGAUGGAAGAACCGCUGAGCCCGGCGACAGCGGAACCUCAGAAGGCGAAGUGGGCGGACUGCUUGGAGGUGACCGGAAGCGGAGGCGGAGAGCCUGGGCCGACGAAGACCGAGGUCCAGGCAACGUCUUCCGCGACGGGCGGCAGUUCACAGUUUUCGGGCGUCCUUCCGGAGGGAGGGAGCCCCAGCGGCGAGACCAAGAAGGGCCGCCGCCAGAGGAAGUACAAGAAGCUGGACUUCGACGAGGCGGGGGACGAGAACUGCGGGCACCAGGCGGGCGACGAGUUCGAAGCCGAGCUCCGUGCCCUGCUCAAGCCGCGGCUGGGCACCCCCCUCAGCGAGGACCUGCACGAGCAGCUGGAGACGAUGAUCGCGUGCGUCAAGAAGGUGCUCGCGAAUCACCCGGCGAAGGCGCUCGACAUCAAGACCUACUUCCUGGACCAGGCUGUGACGUCCCUCGCAGGCGGGGCACUUUCGAGCUAUGAACCUGGGCUUGGAAGUGAGGACGUCGCGAGCUGAGUUUCGGCCGGGGUCGUUUUGUUUUGCUUUUUCGGUCGGCUGCCUCUUCGUCGCCACGGUUGGACUCGGCUUGGAAAGCUGGGGGCUCUGUCUUGUGGCCCGCGCGGGCUGUAGGGCUGAGCCGUGGUGCCCCUGGUUGGCACGCUGGCCCUCUGCAGGUUUCAGAAAGCGGGCAUCCGUCCGGAUGACUCGCUGAGCGGCAGCCGGCGCGCCGGCGCAGGCGGGCUCCGGAGCCCGCCCUCCACCCGACCCGACCCUCCUCCUCCUCCUCCUCCUCCUCCUCCUCCUCCUCCUCCUCCUCC